AUGGAAAAUACCCAUCGCGAUCACGUUCCCAAGAAGAGGGGUCCGAAACGUGGCCAUGGCCGGGUCAUCAACGAGCUUCGAGCCAAGGACACCUUUCCGGGCCAGCUAUCUCUCGACGGAGGAGGAGUAGGUGCUCAAGGCUCCCAGGACAAUCCCACAGAGUAUGUGCGCCGCCGACUCUCCGCCGCCUGUCCGCCCCUGAGCCUCGAUCCGUCCAUGAGCGACUCGUCGGCCAACCCCUCUGCUGCGCCCUCGGCCGCCAACAGCCCGCCUCAGUUCUGGGCCACCCUGACCUCCAACCCCGGCCACAAUGUGCCCGAGCCACGGAGCGCCUUCUCGAGCGACGACUAUCGUCCCAACAGCCGGAAUUACCUCUACAUGGUGCCCCAGUGCGUCGAGCUCUACUACGAGCACAUCUACCCCAUCAUGCCGCUGCUGUAUAUGCCCGCCAUCCGCCAAACCAUUGCCCGCCCCAUGACGCCCUCGGAGAAGAACCUCAUCUACGCCCUGUGCGCGCUCACGUCCAUGCACAUGUCAGGUAAGAGCAUCGAGGCUCCCGGCCCGCCCUCAUGGGAGGUGGCCGGCCGCUUCUUCCUCGACGAGUGCAUCUCGGUGCGGCAGUCGUACGACUUUCUCGAAGACCUGUCGCUCUCUGCCGUCAUCUCGUCGUUUUACCUGUCAACGUCCUUCUUCGAGAUUAACCAGUCUCGAAAGUCGUGGCACUAUCUUCGCGAGGCCCUGAACAACGCACAGGAUCUCGGCCUCCAGAACGACUCGACGUACUAUGGCCUUAGUCCAGAAGACACGCUCUGCCGACAGCGCGUCUUCUGGAUCCUCUUCGUCACGGAACGCUCCUUUGCCAUCCUUCGCAACAAACCCAUCACAUUUAAGCAAACCCCUUCGCUCCCUUCAACACGCCACUCGUACGAAUCCCCCGACAUCCACGCCGGCUUCCUCCAGCUCGUCUCGUCGUACACGCCCCUCGACGAGUCCUUCGUCACCGCCUGGAACGAAGGCUCCGACCCCCGUGUCAGCGCCGCCACCUUUGUCGCACUCCAGAACCUCCUCGCCCUGCCGCCCAUCUUUCUGCGGCCCCGCUCCCCGACGUCGCUCUUCGCCAGUAGCACCGACCCCUCGACGCCCGAGCCGACCGACAUCCAGAAGGCCGACCUGCUCGUGACGCAGCAGUGGCUGCGUCUGAUCGUCUGGCAGUCUUCGAUGCGGCAGCAACUCCUCUCGUGGACUAACCCCGCCGACGCGCCCGACCCCAACGCGCCCCCGAACAGCAUGUGCUUCUCCUUUCCCCUCUCCGUCGCCCGCGACACGGCCGCCAUCCUGGCGUCGCUGCCGCCAAAGGCGGUCGAGGUGCACGGCAUGGGCAUCAUGGAGAAGAUUUUCGAGAUUGGCACCUGGUGCGUCAACGUCCUCGGCGCCUGCGAGAGCGUCGGCUUCGCGCCCGGCGGCAUGGACCUGACGGCCGGCGACCUGGGCGUGCUGAACACGGGCCGCCGCAGCUCGAGCAAGGACCCCAUAGAGUUCUUCGUCCGCACGCUGAGCGCCAGCCCCAACAGCAGGGUGCAGUUUGCCGAGAAGCUGCUCAAGGCCGCGGGCGAGAACCCGGGCUGCAUGCGCGUCGCGCUGAGCCCCGGCGUCGGCGGCGGGCUCGGCGAGGUGCCGCCCAACUGGAGGGGCGAGGUGCUGGGCGAGGUCGUCGACGAGGGCGUCACGCUCAAGGAGGAGGAGAUGAUGGUGGCCGCCGGCAUGGGCGAGCUGGACCUCGCCAACGCUGUGGAUGUGCCGAGCAUGGGCCUCGGCAUCAUGCCCCGGGGCGGGCUCGCGGGCGACAGCGUCGACUGA